CAAAGACAACAAAGCAAAAUACCCAAACCACUUGAUUUUAAGUUCUUCUGAGCAAAGAAAAUGUCGACCUUCGGUGGCUGCGGAAAUGGCGUCCAGGCUUCGAAUAACAGUGUCAACAACUGUGGAGCUGGUAAUUAUGGCACUGGUUCUGGAAGCCAAAACUAUGGUCAGGGUUCCGGAUCCAACCACGUCAGUGGUGGAAUGUGGACUGUGACGAGUAACCCUGGCGGCCCUGUGAAUGUAGGCCCUGGUGCGGGAGGAUGGAAUAUGGGCCCUGCUUCUGGAAGUUGGAACAGUUUCAAUGGGCAAGCCAAUAUUUCAUCUGGAUAUAAACCCCCUAAAUGUUAAGGGUUGUUGAUGCCUCUGCCAAUAUAGCAGCAGACACACUGAUGGAAUAAUAAAAUAAGUUAUGUUGCUAUAAAUGUUUAUAAAGUCUGCUGCUUUGUUGUAUCUUGGGAGUAUGUGAUUAUAAAAUGAACUAUCAUUA